CUCAACUGCAUCUACUUUUUUAAUGUUUCUCCUCCUGCUGCAAGCACAGAUGAAUAUAACCGCAACUGUACUUGGGGAAGGAGGGAUGUCAUUUAGCUGCAGUCACACAAAAGGGAGCUGAUAUGUAAGCAAGAUAACAGGAGCAGCUCAGUUUCCAUGAGUUUUACGUGGGUGUGAAGAAAGUUUCUCACUCACAGAUAGUUCCACUCUCCAGAGUGACAGUUCGGCAUGGAUGGAGCAGUUGUCUAUGCAGACAUAAAAUUACCUGAAGUUUCCCCACUCGGAAGAAACUUAGAUUCAGUUCAGAAGCCAGAACACCAACUGUGCCCACGCUGGCAUGGAAUUAUGCUGCAGGUUGGAUGGGCUGGAAACAUCAUCCUGGUGGCGGCAGUGAUAGUGAUGGGAGUCUGGGUUAUAAAUAAAACUCCACAGGAUCCUGAAAAACAGGUCAAAGCAUCGGAAUGGUCUCCAAACACAACUCAGUACAGCCCUGCAGGAUGUGAAGGAAACAAAGCGUCAGAGGAUUUCAGGUCUACUCUGAAAGAAAAAUUGUGUGAGACGGGGGAUGGAAGCUGCCACCUGUGCCCCAUGCAGUGGCGUCUGCACAAGAAUAAAUGCUACUGGUUUUCUGAAACGAUUCAGUCUUGGGAGAAGAGCAAGGAAGACUGUAUAGCCAAGAAGUCUCACCUACUAAUAAUUGAUGAUCAGGAGGAAAAGGAAUUCAUCCAGAAAAAUGGGAAAUUAGUAUGGAUUGGACUUAUUGUGUCAUUGCCAGAGAAGAAAUGGAUCUGGAUCAACGGCUCUUUGUUACAGGAGAAAUUAGCUUGCUACCCACUCGGUCAGUUCCCGCAGAAACCGCGGAUGCCUCACCGUGUGGGGACUGACUUCCAUGACACUGGCGCGGCUUCGGAUUGGCUGAAGGAAGCUCCUGCAGCCAAUCCAAAGCUGCAGAUACCUCUGGGUGACACCCCUUCCUUCCCGCUGAGGCAGCCACCAAGAGCUGAGCGGGAGGAAGCGGCGGCGGAAGGGAGGCUGCCUCUGCUGCCCAGGCCAGCGGCAUUGGCUAAGCGCCCCACAGACCCCCAGCCGAGGCAGAGGACACCGACAAAGACAAGUCGGUGUCGGCAGCUGCAGCUGCGGUGA